UUUAUAUAAAGUGUCCAUAAAGUGCAAAAUUUCAUAUUAGUGCAAUAGAACUCUAGCGGAUAUGUUGUUGUAUUUCGUAGAUAAUAAAAUUCAAAGGAUGGCUAUGCAGCCACAUUUCCUCGCAGUAUUUUGCUUUGCUGUUGUCAAUGCAGUAUCAUGCGGUGUUAUUGAGUUCAGAAACGAGCCGACUUGUUCGCCAGGAAACAAUUACUUUGCUGCCGGUCCAAAGUGUAACAACUUUUUUUCGUGUCGCAAUGGUGUACUAGAAAUCGUUGAAUGCCGGUGGGACUUUCUUUGGAACGAUACUAUUAAACGGUGUGAUGCACCUGAAAAUGUACAAUGCGAGGAUGAACAAACACCGGAAACAACAACACAAGCACCUACUACAGAGGCUCCAACACCAGCACCCACUACAGAUGCUCCAACACCAGCACCUACUACAGAGGUUCCAACAACAGCACCCACUACAGAAGCUCCAACACCAGCACCUACUACUGAGGCUCCAACACCAGCACCCACUACAGAGGCUCCAACAUCAACACCCACUACAGAGGCUCCAACACCAGCACCUACUACAGAGGCUCCAACACCAGCACCCACUACAGAGGCUCCAACACCAGCACCGACCACAUCAACUCCGUCUAAUACAUUUUUGCCAGAAGUUGAAGGUGCAUUACCCAUACUGUUUCCUGGUUCUGAAUGUCCAGAAGACAUCCGUGCCUUUUUGCUGCAUCCAACUGACUGCCGGCGUUAUUACUUCUGUUUGUAUGGUGUUCAGUAUCCUCAGACUUGUCCGUUUUUGGAGUUGUUUAACUACGUUGUAGGCCAUUGUGUACCUCGAGAUCAAUCGUUCUGUUUCCCAGGAAGUGAAUGAAAAUGAAACAAAUAAUUACAUGAUUCAAGUUUGGCUGUAAUGAUUUAAAGAUUUAA